GCUCUUUAGGAACAUGGCUGUCAAGUUCGUCGUCCUGUGCGCCCUCGUGGCCUACGCCAACGCUGGUCUCCUCCGACCGGCUCAUCUGUACGAGGCUGCCCCAGUAGCCUACGCUGCAGCCCCCGUGGCCGGUGCCGUCAUCACCAAGACCGUCGAUGCCGAGCACGACUCCCAUCCCCAGUAUAGCUUCGCCUACGACGUCCAGGACUCCCUGACCGGGGACUCCAAGGCCCAGUACGAGACCCGCGACGGGGACAUUGUCCAGGGCAGCUACUCCCUCAUCGAGGCCGAUGGCACCAGACGCAUCGUCGACUACACCGCCGAUCCAGUCAACGGAUUCAACGCCGUGGUGCACAGGGAGCCAGUAGGCGUGGCAGUGGCCCCCGCACCUGCCGUCGUGCCAGCUGUCGCUGGGGUAGCCCCGCAACAUGUUCCAGCGCCCGGCCGUGCCGUAGGGGUAGCCCCGGGCCAGAACAUCCCUCAGGUCCCCAGCUCCGGCCCCGACUCGGAUGUCGAGGUUCUGGAAGCUCGCUCGGGCCGCCUCCGCCAGGAGCAGCAACAACAACGUGAGGAGGCUCAGGUGGUCAACGACAACGCCCAAAUCCAACUUCAAAAGCAGGUAGUUAACACUCGGGCCGUGGCGGCUCGUCUUCCCGUUGCCUUGGCCAACAACAACGUCGUCCAGAGGCUCGUCUCGGCUCCGGUUGUUAGGCCCCGCAUAGCCCUCGGCUACCCGGCCUACACCACCUAUACGGCCGCGUACACUUCGCCCUUGGCCUACAGCCCACCCGUGGCCGCGGUUGCCUCGUUGGUGUAAAAGCUCCCGAUAUGCCGACGAGUUUUCGCUUGUA